AUGGCUCCCACAAUCCUGGCCAAGCGGGAGUACUACGUUGAUGCUUACGGCAACUACCAAUUCGAUUCGUGGUGGGACAGUCCUGCCGGAUACACCGUCAAAUACGUCGUCUUCGCCGCCAUAGUCCUCUUCAUCAUCGUCUGGUUCGUCGGCGGCUACUACCAUGCCCAGCGCCGGAUGAAGAAGGGUCUCCCCCCGCUCGCAUAUCACCGAUUCCUAGUCAACAGACGCCAACGCGCCCAAUUCGACCCUACCUAUCAACAUCCUCAGCACCAUUACACCGUCUACCCCCUCCAUCGGCCGUACUAUAUGCAGCAACAGCAGAACGGCUAUCAAAUGCAAAACUACCCCGAGCCGCCACCACUCUACAGCCAUGAUGUUCCACCUGCGUACCAAGGCCCUCCGGGUGGCAGCAAGGCGAACCCGCAGCAGGAGUGGCAUAUACCUGCACCGGGACAAGAGUCAGGCGUGACCACACACGGCGGUCCCGCCGCCGAGAGCAGCUCAGCUAGCUAUUCGCCGCCUUCGGGUGCGCCGAUUGCGCCGGGCGGUAGUGCUGGUGGGCCAGCGCUUCCGGAGAGGGUGCAUGCUGGGAUGGGGAAGAUCUUCAGGAGGAACUAG